AUGGCACUGGUUGACCAUGAGUAUCGUUUCAUCUGUAUAGAUGUAGGAUCAUAUGGAAGUAACAGUGAUGGUGGUAUAUUUGCAAAGAGUGAAUUAGGAAAGGCCUUAGAUAACAACCAACUUCACAUUCCACCUGAUAAGCAUCUACCUGGUGCACUUCAUCUUGGAAACAUGCCUCAUGUGAUUGUGGGUGAUGAAGCAUUUCCAUUGAAACGCCACAUUAUGAGGCCAUAUCCUGGGAGUGAUUUGGAUGAUAACAAGCGAAUUUACAACUACAGGCUUUCUAGAGCACGCAGAAUAGUGGAGAAUGCAUUUGGUAUACUAGCUGCUAGAUGGAGGAUAUACCAAAGAAGAAUUCAGUUACAUCCAAAGAAUGUAGACAAGAUUAUAAAGGCUACAUGUGUAUUACAUAAUUAUUUGCAAAAAACCUCAUCUAGUGCAGCCAACUCAGAGGAAAUUGGAUACGAAACUAGAGCUGCAGCUAUACAAGCUCUGCGACUGUCAGGGAACCGAGCUUCAAGAGAAGCCAUUGAAAUAAGAGAGAAGUUCACAAAUUACUUUACUUCACCAGCUGGUGAAGUCUUGUGGCAGAGAAAUGCUUGUUUUGGACAAGCACAUGAUUAAUCAAUGUAUAUACAUGCAUUAACAAAACUAGGAUGCAUUAACGAAACUAGGGAUUUAUUAAUAAUAUAAUCAUUGACAUUGUGAUAUUUUAUUACUUCAAAAUUUCUGUUUCUAUCGAUCUUCUGUAUCUAUCGAUCUUCUGUAUUUCAUGAUUUAAACUGUAUAUGGACAAAAGCUUUUAAAUGCAAUAAAAAUGACUUGUCUAGCUGACGUUUAUUUAAAGCUAAUUCACAACUUUUAUACAAAUACAUUGUUAUAUCAAAUACAGUAGUCGACUCGUAAAUUUUUGCACUUUAUAUGCAACACGAUCUGAUUUAACUGUACCGUAUAAAUAUAACGGGAGUUGAACUUCACGUCUUCACCUAUACUCAUGUUUUUUAUUUAUUUAUUGAAUAAGGGGCCACAUGGGGGGGGGGAGUACUAUACAGUAUUGGGCUAUUCCAUUUAAUAUCCGUACCCCCCCUGUCGAGGAUACAUGUUUUUCAUUGUCAUACCCCUGAAGAAUUCCAAGCUCAAAACUGUUUACCCCUGAAGAAUUCCAAAAUUCCAAGCUCAAAACUCUUUACCCCUGAAGAAUUCCAAGCUCAAAACCUUUUACCCCUGAAGAAUUCCAAAAUUCCAAGCUCAAAACCCUUUACCCCUGAAGAAUUCCAAGCUCAAAACCUUUUACCCCUCAAGAAUUCCAAGCUCAAAACCCUUCACCCCUAAAGAAUUCCAAGCUCAAAACCCUUUACCCCUGAAGAAUUUCAAGAUCAAAACCUUUUACCCCUGCAGAAUUCCAAGCUCAAAUCCCUUCACCCCUGAAGAAUUCCAAGCUCUGAAAAAUUUCAAUCUCAAACCUCUUUACCCCUGAAGAAUUCCAAGCUCAAAACCCUUUACACCUGAAGAAUUCCAAGCUCAAAACCAUUUACCCCUGAAGAAUUCCAAACCACUUUACCCCUGAAGAAUUCCAAGCUCAAAACACUUUACCCCUGAAGAAUUCCAAGCUCAAAACCCUUUACCCCUGAAGAAUUCCAGGGAUCCUCGACAGGGGGGGGGGGGGUUACGGAUAUUUAAUGGAAUAGCCCAUUGAUAGUGCUGUAUAAAGUGCAGUUCAGCAGUUGUUUACAUGUAAAUAGACAUAAAAAUAGAAGUUAGACAACUUACCACUUACUUCUACCUUACUACCAAUUUCGUUCCAAAUGUCUUUUUUCUUACGGGCAUCUUUAAACAUGUGAUGAGACUUGUCGUAAAGCACAGGAUUCUUCUGUACUUCGAGAAUUAGCUGUUCUUCAUCCAUGUUGCGCCAUACUCAAGGGGUUAUCAGUGGGUAGUAUAGGUGAAAGGGGUUAAUUAUGGAUAAAGCAGGAAACGAUUAAUUGUAAACAAACACGCUGAUUGGUC